AUGGCCGGCGUUUCCGAUGCUUGGAAGGCUGCCCAAAAAGCUGCCCGCGAAGAGAGAAAGAGAGAGCAGGCCCGUCAACGUCGCGAACAGCGAGGUUAUGAUCCGAAAGCCUAUCGAGAGAAGGAUGCUCAACGGAGCUGGAGUAAAGCAUCUCCGGAGACGAAAGAGGAUUACCUUAAACGGGUGCGCACGUACGAGAACUCAGAUGAGCUUGAUAGUUUCCUUGUCGAGGAGAAGGGAAUGCCUGUAGGCUACAAAGUUGGCAAGGAACAUCCAGUCCCAACGCUCGAUGAGCUCAAGGAACUGUUUCGAUGGUACAUUGAUUCUACGAAGGGCAAACUCGACCCCGAAGGACGGCCUACCAUGAAGACGACUCUUAUCCGAGCCCAACAAUUCGUUCCCGGGUUUGCACUCGAAACUGGAAAGCGCAUUCCUGAACAGGAUGCCACUGAGCUUUACUGCUGGAUUGAGAAAGAUUUGGUGGCACAGAAGUUUAUCAAAGUAAUUAAGAAGCCUAAAUAUAAUGUCAAGCCUGGCGAUUUUGAAAGGGAUGAUGACCUAAUUUUCAUGUCUGGGAGGUUUCGGGUACAAUUCCAUUUCACUACUCUCCUGUACUUUUGCAUAGGUGCAAGGGUGGCCGCGAUUUGCCCUAAGUUCAAGCACAGAGCUGAACGAGGCCUGCGUUAUAAGACAUGGGUGAAGAACAACGUAGACCCAGAAAAUACAGCGUAUGUCAAGUUCGACCGUCUAUGUUUUCUUCGUUUAAUAUCUUGGAAGCUGACCGUUGGACCCUCAGACUCGGCGCUGCAAUAUGGGACUGCGAUGAGCCCCUUUAUGCCGGAGCACUUUUGCUGCUCGCUCUUGCUAUCACUGAUGGUGCUCUCUUUGGCUAUUCGUCUGCCGCCGAUUUCUUCGAGCAAGUGA